AUGUCAAUGUCGUCGUCGUCGUUGGUGAAGUGCGAGGUCCACCUCACGCACAAGCACUUCUACCCGGGCGAUGCGGUGGAGGGUGCCGUCGUCAUCGACGCCGCCGCCGCCUUCGACGUCUUCAACGUGCACAUUAAAAUCGUGGGCAAGGAGGAGGUGUACACGAUGGUGGAUCAGGUGAAGGAGUCGAAGAUCAAGAACGUGCAGUUUGGGAUCAGUUCACAGGACUACGUGUACUACCGCGAAAUCGUGACCAUUGCCGGGGCGCUCAUGACGAUGAAAGACACCAACAAGGGCAAGAAGAGACCGCCGUACAGCUCUCGAAGGGGUCAGGUCGUGGCAGGGGAGGAGGGAGAAGGGAAUGAGGACGACGACAGUGAUGAUGUUGACGACGAUGCGGACGCUGAGCCAACUGCCGGGGAAGAUCAGACGGCGGCAACGGAGGACGGGGACGGCAUCAACUCGUUCCGCUACAACGAAAGUAUUUGGGCGCCGCCUGGCGUGGCGCAGCAGAACCGGUCCUUCGCCGUCUCCCAACUCGCCGCGGAGGAGGGGGUGUCGGUGCGCUUCCCAGCCGGGCAUUACGUCUACCCCUUUCGCUUCCUCCUGUCCGCCUCCCUCCCGCCGAACUACGACACGGGCAUCUGCGUGAAGGAUAGUCAGUUCAGCAACAGCCAGGCGGUGCUGCACUACUACGUGAAGGUGUACGUGUGGUCGCCGAGCCGGGUGCAGAUCGCCUCCGCGCGCGCGGACUUUAUAAUGGGUGCGAUGCAGCCGGAGUACGGCGGCAGCCACACAACAGGCAACAACAGCAUGAUCAACAUCAGUAAUAACAGCGGUGGUAAUGGUACCAGCGGCAACGCAGCGAAUCUCUCCUUGUCCGCGGCGGACGGGAAUCGUGCGAAGCUGCGGGCGGUGGCCGUGCCUGGCAAAACGGUGAAGUGCGUCUUCCCGGUUAUGGGCAUGUGCUCCUGCAUGGCCACGGACGCCAAGCUGCACGUUGCCUUCACCAUUCCGGCGGAGUCUUUCCAGAUCGAGCGCGACGCCAUCUCCGUCAGCUGCGCCAUCGCGUCGAACACGUCGAAGAAGGCGAUCCGCGGCCUCAAGGUCCAGCUCGUGCAGAUCCUCAAGUUUGAGACGACAGACGCGCUCGUCACCAUUCGCAAAACAGUCGCCGAGGCAUCCGUGCUGAAGGCGGUAAAGCCCGGAAGGGGCGGGACAAUAGCCGGGAGCACGAAGAUGCUGGAGAGCCGCGAGGACUUCAUGCCGACCAUGAAGACGUCCGGGUUGGAGGUGGGCUACGUGGUGCGGGUGGAACUGCUCGCGAGCCACAUUGAUCAGGCCUACUACGAGUUUGAAGGGAUUCAGGUGGCGGGGGCAAUGAUGGCGGGAUCGGUGCCGCCGGUAGGGCCGAUGCGCUUCACCGCCCUGCCGCGUGGACGUCUGACGCAGCGGGAGGCGUUCUACGCCGUUCCAACGAACCCGGCGGAGACGCCGCUGAUCGCGAAUUUGAGCGCACCACUGUCCCGUAGCGGCUCGCGAGCGGUGUCGCGGCGGACGUCGCGGAUGAACUCCCGUGCGCCGACUCCGCGCCAGAAGUGA